AUGAUGAGGGCUCAGAGAUCCGUUGCUCACUUAGAACCAACUGAUCUCAGAGAAUGUGAGCUUUCUGAUGAAGAACUUUCAUAUUUGCAGACUCAGAAAGCUUUAAAAGAUGCAUUAGCCGAACAAAAAGUAUUACGCGAAAGACUUAAAACAUUAGAAACAAGAAAUAAGCCUGCAAAAUGGGGGCAGCCAGUUUUAGUCAAUUCAUUUGAAACAGCAAGAGGAAAAACGGAUACAUCUUCAUUAUCUCCAGAAAAACUAGUCGCAGAAGUCAAAACAGCUCAGCAUAUGCUAGAAAAUGCCAAAAGAGCAACAGAAACGGCAAAACAAGAGUUAAAAGAUUUACAAGAAGAAAUGGAAAACUUCAAAAAGAGUUCUUCAAUAGAAAGCGAACAAGUUUUCGCAUUAAAUGCUAAACAUCAUAAAGAAGAAGCACUUUCAGAACAAAAUAAGUUCCAUUUAAUGAAAGUUCAAUGGACUGACGAUAAAGCUCAAUUAUUAUCAUCUGCAGAACAGUUCUCACUUAUAUCACAUGAUGCUCUACAUAAGGCUUCUCAAAUGAGAGAACAAGUCGAAGCCCAAAGAAAGAAAAUACAAAAUCUCGCAGCUGAAUUCAGAACUGAUCUUUCUAAAUCUAAAGAGUUGAGAGAAUUGCUUGAGAGUUAUAAAACUAAGGUUGCGCUUACAGAUUCUCUUAUCCAAGAAAUUGAUUCAAAUAAUCGGAAAUCAGAUCAGAUGAAGACACAAAUUAAUGAGCAAAAAAUGUUACUUAGAGCCGUAAGAGUUUCUCAGGCCGCUAAAGCAAAGCUAGAUGAUUUGGCAACCCAAACAUCCGAAUUAAAUGAAACAAAGAAGACAGCUGAAGAAGCUCUGACCAUGGCCAAAGACGAACUUAAAGCGUUAGUUGACAGAGAAGACCCAUUAAAAGAAGAAUUAUCAAUUGCUGAGGCAAAUUUCAAAAAGAAUCAGAUGGAAGUUUUAGUUUUAGAAGCAGAUAUAAGAGAACUUAAAUCUGAGCUUGAAAGGAUGAAGCCACUUGUUCUAAACGAAGGAAGAAAGAAUGUAAAUUUAAUGAGAGUUUACAAGAAGAAAAACAUGGAUGCUACAGCCAAAUAUCUCACUAUGCAUAGCCAGGAUAUUUAUCUUCCAGAUAAAAUCGCUCAGACUCUGCAAAAUGUUUCAGAAAGUUUGGAUAUGACAGCAAGCAAUUCGAUUUUGCCUCCUUUGGCCGCAAAGAGAUAA